AUGUCCACGCCACUCAAUCAUGUCGCGUACGCCGUCGAGAUCCCGCUGAUGGGUCUCGCGCUCGGCACGGUCAUACUCAGAGUAUGGUCAAGGCUUGUUGUCAGAGGCAGACUUGCUGCUGAUGAUACCUUGAUCCUUCUCGGGACAGGCUGUGCUGUUGCCCGAACAGUCAUAUCCUGCAUCAGUGCAGACGACAUCAUGGGUUACGACAGGAAAGGGCGAGUGACUCUCCGCCAGCGAUGCGUAGUGCUGUAUUAUCAGCACAUCUUCGAACGCCGCCUCGCCUACCUAUUCGCCGUCACACUCAUCCGCUUCUCAAUCCUGGCGUCUUACUUGCGCAUCUUUCCUCCCACCCUGGUCAACCUUCAACGGUGCUGUUAUACGCUCUUCGCACUGACCAUCGCGUUAUUUGCAGUGGUGCUGAGCGUUCUGAUUGUGUUCUGCUCAGACAUUCACAAGCUCUGGACAACCUCCUGGCGCACGUUCAGCGGAAUGCAAUGUUUCAGCUCAGCUGUGUAUAGCUACACCGCCGCUGUGGGCGACUGUGUAACCGACCUCUGUAUCUUCAUCCUUCCUGUACAUUUCGUGCUUUCUCUGAGCCAAGUGCGAUUGCGUCAGCGAGUCACUCUUAUUGCUGUCUUUGCGCUGGGGGUCGUGGUAUGCGGUGUUGCUCUAGUGCAGGUUCCUUUCAUAAUGCGGAGGGAGAAGCAAGGCACCUACUUUGGACCGGCAAUCAACAUUCUCGUUGCCAUCCAGAUCUCCCUGGCCAUUGUGGCAGCGAGCUUGCCGGAUCUCAGAGCGUUGAUAAAGCGGACCUUGGAGAAACGUAAAGGAAGUACUGGCGGUGAAAGCUGUGGAUGA